CUGAUUCAGGCUCUGGCAUGUUCAUUAUUUGAUGGUGUGCUUUGAAAACUAGUUAGUAAUGUUUUAUGCACACACUGCAUGUUAUUAAGGGAACAAACUCCAGUGCUUUAAAACAAAUAUUUGCUUUUGAGCACUUUGAUGAAGGGCUUGCAUCUGAAGUGGGGGUGAAAAUAGAGCCACCUUCCUCAGGCAUUCUCUAGGAGAUUAUCCUGCCAAGGCAAACUCUCUGUGCUCUUCUGAGGACCAUUGCCCUGAGCUGCUAUUUCCUAUGAAGUGAUGCCAUGAUCAGUGAGUCCAGCAGCACUUUGCCAUUGGCGUGGAGGUGUGCAUGCUGUCCAAUAACAUCUUCGCAUCUCAAUGUAUUUGUUUCUACAGAUGGGUCCCAAUCAAUCUCCCAUCAAUACACUGAAAAUUCCAAACCAAGUGCUUACUCAUUACUCUUUUGUUUCCUGAAGCCUAGCCUAGAACUACCUCUGCUGUAGCCAAGGUGAAUAUGCAAUAGUUGGCUCACCCAUUAAGGCAUCAGUGCCUGCAUUCAUCGGGGAAGGACCACAGCUCAUCUACAUUGCAUGAAGAAGGUGCCAGCUUCAAUCCCUGGUGUCUCUGAGUACAGCUGGCAAAAGCUCCUGCCUGAAACCAUGGAGAGCAGCUUCGUAUAUUCAUUGCCCCGUCCCUCAUGGUGCCACCUGAGGCAGGUCAUCUGGCUACGAGGCAAGGCCAUUUCUGGCCAACCUGCUUAGCUUCAGUCAGGCACUGUCUCUGAUUUAAACCAUAGCUAAAAUGAGAACUUUUCUGCCAUUCCUAUGGUUAUACUUCUGCUUGCUUUUGCCGCUUGUCUCAUAAAAUAUCACAUAUUGCAUAUAUUUUAACUAUAUUUUUGAAGGAAAGUAGAAAGAAAGGUGCUACUAUUUCACUUGUGCCAUCAGGGUAAUCCUUUGGCUUUGUCACAGAAACGAGCAAGUAAGCUGUUGGUCCAGGCAGUGUGGUGUUUUUGAACUAUCUGCCCAAGUUUUACUACAUUUUUUCUGUUCUCGUUUUGGCAGUUUCACUCUCGUGUCCCUUUUUCUCUCUGAUAGCAUUUUGGUGUUUUGUAACAAUAAACCAAUUCAGCAAUGCAUUGGUGACUGCCCCGGAAACUGUAACACAGUGCAACAUCCCUGUGGCAUAUCACAACCCUGGGCCCAUGAUCUUGAAAAUAACAUGCAUCCAUGGUAAUGUGUAGUCAUAAAGAUUUAAUGUGCCUGUAAAGUUCAAGUGUGACUAAUGCAUGAUCUGGGCCAUGUGUCAUCUUGGUUUUGGCUGCACUUGGCUGCACUUGGAAAGUGUGAGAGGGAAGGAUGGGUAGACAUGGCAGGUUGCUGAAUGAAAGGAAGGUGGAUGGGGAGUGGGGUUGGCUAAAGACAAGUUGGGGAAAAAUUCACAAAAUGAUUUUCAGGCAAGAAAGGCUUUGUCUAUGGGGGGGAGGCAACACAAAGCACAACGUACGAACCUAAACCAUAAAUUAGAAAAUCAAAGUUAUUAAACUUAAUGAAUUGUUAACGUGCACUAUGGAUACAGACUGGGGUGGAAACCCUGGAAGAGAUGAGCUGUUAUCAGUUGUUUCUUUUUUUAAAAAAAACACCCUCCAAACUACGCCACUGGUAUGCUUUUUGUUUAUUAAGGAAAGAUGUGACUAGAAAGAAGCCUGUGAAGAUGCCCGAUCUUGAAGAGCGGGAUCAUUUGAGAAAAUAACGGCUCUUGAAGCAAAUAUACGUUUCAGCAGGAUGAAGAUCGGCGAAAGGAAAACGCAAUCAAUAGCUAGCAUGAUCAUCAUGGGUUCCUGUCCUGGCUGGGGCUGGUGGACCGGGAGAAUUCCUCAAAGCUUCAGUUUUGCAGCAGUUGCGGCUUUUCACAUUCAUGCAGGAUAUUUAACUGGAACAAAGAUUGCCAAUAGAAAGGUAUGCUGUAAUUCACAUGGAGAAUAGGAUAAAACCUAAUCAUAUAAUCAUAUCUGUCUCUGAUAUGGUAGGUUGUGUCUAGGCUGUCCUAAUCCAGGGUUAGCCAACGUGGUGCUUGAGGGCACCAGUACCUCCUGUGGUGCCUGCAAAAGGGCUCAGUAAAUAGCCCCUCAAAAAUCUACAAUGCAUGAGAGACUGUUUGCUUUUCCUGCACAGUUCCUGUUUGCAUUUACUCAACCUCUCCAAGAUAGACGAUGAGUGCCCCUUUAAACAUGCUACAUUUCAGUGAAUGCCAGGAUUAGACACACACCCUCCCAUCUGUGCUGAACAGGGGAGAGGUGCAAACAGCUUCUCUCUGUGAGUGAGUGCAGUAGGGGCGAAUAUAGGUGAUUUUUCCUCCUCAACUGAUGGAGAUGGCUGAUGGGGAGGAGGUCUGCACCAUUUUGUGUCCUGUCUCUUAUUCUGCUCUUCUACAUGUGGCAGCCAUUUUAUAACUAGAACCCUGUGCUUUCUCAACAUUCUGAAUGAGUCCUCUAGCCCAGAAAGGUUGACAACUCCUGUUCUAAUCUCAGAGAUUGAAUGUGCUUCUUUAAUGUGGGAGCUUUUGCCCUUCACCACCAAUCCCCAGGGGCUGGAAACCCUCUUUAGCAUAGCUGUCAGCUUUUCCCUUUACUUGUGAGGAAUCCUAUUCGGAAUAAGGGAAUUUCCGUUUUAAAAGGGGAAACGUUCACAGCUAUGCUCAUUGGUUGUAAAAUAUUCUUUGCUAGCAGAGAUACACUUUUGGUGCCAAUUUUCUAAUUUUUAGGCAACAGAUGAAGACAGUUUGAAUCUUCUGAACUUUUAAUGGGUUGCUUUAAUUAUUGGUGUUUCUCUGCUUUUAUUACAACCUUUUUGCUAUCUAAUUAAACUUUCUCUGUGUGGUUCUUUUUUAUUAUCUGACUUUAGUAUUUAUUAUUGAACAAUACAGUUAACUCACAUAGACACCCAGCCAGCUUAUGCUGGAGUCAUGAUGUGAUAAACAGCCAUAUCUGAACAAGGCCUCAGAGCCUACUUCCACUGAAACAUAUUGUGUCUGUGGUGACUUGAGGCAAUCUGUCAUAGCAGUUUUAGACCUUCAAGUCCUCAAAUAAUGAAUGUGCAUUUAUGAAUUUGCCCCAAACUGUGAUUUAAGUGUUGGGUAUAUGUGUGUGAAAAUAAUUACCAGCACUUGGCUUUUUGCUAUUAGAACGGAUUCCGGAAGCCCGACUGCACAUUGUUUAAGCACAGAAGCAGCUUUCUUCAUUUCUUCGGUGGUGGCAAAGCGAUCAAUUGCUUUCAUGUAGUCAUCAUGUGAGGCAAAAAGGAAGUUUGUGAGGGUAUCAACAAGAACGGGGCAAGUUUUCAUAGCAGUAGCUGGAAAGGAAUGGAAAAUGCUUGAAAAUUAGAUUUUGAGUGAGGAAAUCUGAACUGUGAUAGAAGUGAGCAGGCUCUGAACCAGUUAAACAUCACAUGGCAAAACGCAGGUAGUGUAGCUUUGACUAGGGUAUUCAAGUUAAGCAGAAACUAUGAGUGCAUGAGUGCAUGAUAAAAACCAAAUAUAUAACAGAUAAAAAUAUUUUUAAUUAAUCUGUUAUUUUUGUGAAUCUGUCAGCUUUCCACUUUCUCACCUGCUAACUGGCUCCCUAGGGUAGUAAAUGAAACAGCAUGCCAGAUUCCAUGACCCUGAAUGACAAGGAUUUUAUUAUUUCAGUCAUGUCCAUAAAUUGGAACUUGGGGUGGGAGGCCGGGUGUCCAGGACACAUUUGAUCUUCUAUUCCAGAAAUAGAUCCAGAAAUAGAUCCAGGCACCAGUCUUCUUAACCUCCUCACCAUACCACCAAAAUCCUCUUGAGACUCUCACACAGAAUUUGCCUAUUCUUUUUUGGGUAUGCACACAUGGCACGAUUAUGUACAUUCAGUACUGGAUACAGGUGCCAUGUCAUCCCUGUCCCAAAUUAUUCGUUGAUCUAAAACACAUUCUGCUGGAACAGUUAUAAUCCGUUCUGCACCGAUAAUGCACUUCUCAAGCGUUUGCUGCCUACAUGCGUACACAGAGAGCACUUUCUCAGGUCUCCUCCUCCUAUUGGGGAAGCCCUAUGGACAUUGCAGGGCUGUGCCACUGGCCCUCAUCAUGUUUAAUUUGUCUUUGAAUGAAAUAGACAAAAUAAGAAACAGUGCAGUCAUAUAGCCUCCUCUAUAUACUAGAAUAUAUCCACAGCAUAUCAACACACUGGUUUCCAUCCCCUCUUUUGAAAGGCUAUUAUGUGUAUACCGUAUAUACUUGAGUAUAAGCUGACUUUUUCAGCACAUUUUUUUAUGCUGAAAAAGCCUCCCACAGCUUAUACUCGAGUGAAGGUCCUUUCGAACUGCUCCUUCCUCCUCCUCUGCCUUUGCCGCUGUUGGCGGCAGAGGAGGAGGAACGAGCAGCCCGAAAACAGCCCUUUCAGGCUGCUUGUUCUUCCUCUGCCACUGCUAACACCAGCCUCUGGUGUGGUGAAACGGCUUAUACUCGAGUCAAUAAGUUUUCCCAGUUUUUUUGUGGUAAAAUUAGGUGCCUCGGCUUAUAUUCGGGUUGGUUUAUACUCAAGUAUAUACGGUAUAUGAUCUGUUCCAACACUGAGUGAAAUAGAGAAUGUCAUUGCACAAGUUUGAAAACAAGCCCACCUGUGUGUACAGACAACAGGGGUAGUAGCUGCAGCUUGUAUGAUGUUAUUGCAUUAAGGUAUGUACAAUUGCAAACUGCUAUGUACAAAAAAACCCAACCCGUGUGGUUUUAAAGACUACAUGUGUGCACAUACUUAUUCUUUCCCAACCCUAUAUUUUGGGGUCACCCUUGGGGUAGGUGACUUCUAGCUUUCUCUCUCUCAGGUAGAUUCACUGUAAUGAUAACAAAAGACUGGCGCUAUUUACAGCUCUGCAAUACACUCUCUCUGUUUUGACCAAGUUGUCUUCUAAAUAACUCCAGUACUGAGCAGCUGGUGCAGGCUAGCCUUUGCAUAUAAACAUAACAGUCUUACCCAGAAUACCUGUGGGGUGAAAUACUUUCCCCCCACAUAUGUCCAAAGAAAACUGUACAAGCAAAAAUGAGCACAUAAGCCCAGAUCCAUUUACCCACAACACUGGAUGCUAAUAAGCAAUUGUGAAUUGUGAGUGGGCAGAGCCAUCCUCCUAACACUGGUGUCACUGCAUCCUAGCUGGGCGAGGCUAGGAUGAGGUAGAGUAGGGAGCGGCAAGGUCAGAGCUGCAUGGGUAUGCCAAUGGAAGCUCUGGAUUGGCUCUGCUGGUGCACCCAUCCUGCCACAGAGCUAUCAGGGUAAGCUGAAGCAAAGCUGACUUUGGAGGGUGGCUCCAUCCAACCAUACGGACAUCACUCAGAGAGAGAGACUGGCCCAUGAAAUGCAUUUGGGGGUAGUGUCAGGGACUGGACUGAGGAGGAAUGGUGGGGACCGCCCCACCCUCCUCCUGAACCUUCCCGAGAAGAGGAGGACAGUAUAGAUUUAGAAUAGUGGUUUGCAGAAGGUCAUAGUUCAGAGGCUGGAGAGGGGAGAAGCUGGGAAAUAUUGGGAGAGCAGCAGGAAGAAGAAGCACCAGGGGAGAGACAGCUGACAGACUCAGUGUCUUUAGACAACAUUCCUGACCCCUCCUCUCCCAGGACCCGGCGUGCAUUGAGAGUAGGAGAACAGAAAGCACAGAGGCAGAAAGCACAGAUCAGGCAGCGCAGGGAUGGUGUAUAAUAGUAGAGACGGAAGGGGUGGGACUUUACUCGGAGCGACGCCAUUAUCUGAGAGGUGGCAUCCUCCGUCUUUCUAUGUGAAUAUUGAAUAAAAUACCAUGGUAAGAACUUAUUGUUUUCCCAUUUCUGAUUGUCAGCCAGGAAGGUGGGGGAUCGGAUUCCCUGAAGCCUGACAGCUAGGCAACUUUAUACUGCUACUGAAAACUAAUUUGAGCAGCAGGAUAACAAUGACUUACAAAUUUUAGGUAUUUAAGGAAAACUGUUUAGUAUGAAAUUGUCCAGUAUGAAACUCUUUCCUAUGGAAGCAUCCAUACUUACCCCAAAAGGCCCAUUGAGACUAAAAUGUCUUGUUAUAAUGGGCUAAGCAACUCACCUGAAUAACAGCAAACCAACAGAGUGCCCAGGAGAAACACAGUUGUCAGCUUCAUGGUGGAGAUGGUUGUCUAUUGUGUACCAGAUGGCAACAGGCAAUGGACUUCCUUUGGAAAGUUAAGGACCAGGCUUAAAUAUAUAUAGGAGACUGCUGGUUUUCCACCCAGCUGAAUUUGUGCCAAAUUACAGAAAUAAAUUCUUCAGAAAUGUAAUUCAAGCCAUCUUUGUUCAUGAAGUAGGUUUCCCAAGCAGGGGCGAGGGGAAAGUACAACUAUAGCUCUUUGAUCUUGUUCCCGUGAGAAUGAAGUGGCCCAUAGAAGCCACUUGUUCCUGCUAUGCACAAAUGCAAAACGAUAAAGGAUAUUUUGCAAACUGGAGAAGUGAAGCAUGUGGUUUCAAGAAGAAUGAAUUAUGUAGGAUCACAUUAAAAUGUAAAAGGAACUGAAAAGCUUAUUAGUGCCAAAGAAGUUCAUGUCCAGUUCAGGUAUGACCAAUAACACAGAAACAAGCCUUAAUCUCUGUUUUAGAUAAAAUUUGUCAGUAGUGACAACUGAAGAAGCUAUAAAACAACAAAACUGGUUUGGGCAAUUUUGGAGAAGCAGGUGACUUUCUAUUAAAUAUAUAAAAACCUUUAAUUGUGGUUUUAUCCAUUAAAAGAAUGACCCGGGGACAGACUCCAGCAGUCACUUUUGAAUCAGCCAAAAUGGUGAGCAUUCCAGGGUACAAUAAUCACAGCUGUUAUUAAAAAAUUAGGCUGAGUUGUUAAAAUACUGACAGUUACUAGCUAGAAAUGUUAUUACUAUUCUUAGGUUAAGCGAAUCUGGCAAUAAACCUUUGGGGUUAUAAAUUGACAUUUCUGGUUCUGUCAGACUCAAAUUUCUUCAUUUGAAAGGUUACAUUGUUCUUAAUAGGAAUUUGACCAGUUCAUUUCUAAACAAUAGUUCAUGUUUUCAGUAAUUAUGAAAUUAUUAAUACUGUUCUAGUGGACUACUGCCCACCAUUAAAGGAAAACUAAGAUGAAUUUAAACAAAUAAUUUAUUGGCACUUGUUCAGUGCUAAUUCCUAACGGUAUAAGAGCUUAGCACUUAGUGACGGUGUUGGCAGCAAAAUGACCUGCCCUUUUAACAUUUGGUUUUGACUUCCCGCCAAAUCGUAAACAGUCUUAGUUCAAUCACUUUCUGCAACAUUUAUCUUCUUAUUUUAAUAAAUAUUGACAGGGAAAUCUACUGAAAUGAACAAUGGAGUAAACCUUUCCCCCUAUAAUGCAACGGUAUCCACCUGAGAAUUAGGAAGUAUGCAGAAAAGAUUUUAUGGUCUGGUUCAUGUACUUACCCAACCCACUCUUCCCCCAAGCAAAGAGAACUGAUGAGCUGAGUAAAUAUAUGAACUGGCCUCAAAUGAACUGACAGGAGUCACCCAAUGCUGUGCUCAUGGAUGCCUGGGAACCCACAAAGGCCUUCAUUGGUGCCCCCAAGCAGGGGCCUCAGACUCAGAGCUUUCAGUAAAAAUGUGUGGGGCAGCUUUACUUUUGCUGAUAAGGUGCCAGAAGGGAACCUACUGUUCUGGGCUGAAAAUAACUGGCAUGCCUUCUACAAGGCUUGCAAUAUUCCUCUGAUUUCAGGCAAAACUGCAGGCAUGACUGAAUGGAAGAAGGAAAUCCUGUUGAGGGGCUGUACUAUUCCUCUGAAUGAAAUGUAUGAAACCUGAGAGGCCCCCUCUGCCCAUUUUCUAGAAAUCUCUUUCUUUGCUGUUAUUUAGGAGAGGAAAAGGGGUCAUAAGUGACUAACCCAGGACGCUGCCUUGCCUUGGGUUUGCCAUCAACCUCCCAUGUGUGUGGAGGAGCUGAAAUCCAGACCUCCACACAUGGAGAGCCAGAGGGCUGUUUGGAGAAGAACAUAAGCAGUAAAGGCAAGAGGCAGGCAGCAAUUUGGGGAGAGGGCUUUGGAAACACACUGUUUUCCUUCCCCCUUUCCUGCCUUGUAGCCCAACAAGGACCAAUUUGAGUUCGAGUUUUAAUACAGCUGUUUUGCGCAACAUCAUUUGAGCUGUUAGAAACAAGAUGGCUUGAUUGUGCUUAAAGGUAAAGGGACCCCUGACCAUUAGUUCCAGUCGUGGACGACUCUGGGGUUGCGGCGCUCAUCUUGCUUUAUUGGCCAAGGAAGCCGGCGUACAGCUUCCGGGUCAUGUGGCCAGCAUGACUAAGCCACUUCUGGGGAACAAGAGCAGCACAUGGAAACGCCGUUUACCUUCCCGCCAGAGCAGUACCUAUUUAUCUACUUGCACUUUGAUGUGCUUUCGAACUGCUAGGUUGGCAGGAGCAGGGACCGAGCAAUGGGAGCUCACCCCGUCGUGGGGAUUCAAACCACCGACCUUCUGAUCGGCAAGCUCUAGGCUCUGUGGUUUAACCCACAGCACCACCCGCGUCCCUGGUUGUGCUUAGGAGACUAGCAAAUAGAAGCACAGGUGCCACCCAGCAAAAUGUCACUACACACAUUAAAACAACCACCACCCACCCGCAGAAUACAGUUCUCUGGGUACACACUUAAGUAGCAUGUGGUUUUAUGCUGUUCUUUUCCUCUUAGGGUGUACACACAUGGCAGUCUAAGGUGGAUUUGAUGCAUUUUGUGUGUAUGUUUUACAUGUUGUAAACAGAGCAUCCAGGUGGAAGCCUGAAGUUUCUGCCUAAUUAAUUUGGAUUUCCCGAAUCCAUGGACUAUUUGAUGGGGGGGGGGAUCCCUGUGCUGCACACAUGGAGAGUGGAAAAAGAAUCUCCCCGUUUCUUUAGCGCCCCCCUCCGGCUUCUUUUUUGCCUAAGAAAGCUCUCCCGGCACGAGCAGCAGGACUUGGCUAAUGAUGUAAACGGUGAAUCAAUUAACAGCAACAUGGCCAGAAAAGAACAGAGCUGGAAGAAUUUAGUGGCUCUUGAAACUUCUUUUUUACGCAAAAGUGGUAAAUAAAUAAAGAAUUAUUACUUUUUAAUGAACAUUUGGCUCUUUGUGGGACAUUUUUGAAAGGUUCGUUUUGGUAAGAUGUAUUGCUGUGCAAUUUCACAGACAAAACACAUGCAUCUGUGUGCAUGCCCACAAAGGACCUCAGGUUCCUGGAACUUUCAGAAGCCAAGAGAGUAAUAAUUGAGGAGACAACAGGCACCGUGGGAACACACUCCGUUAAGCAAUUGCUAAGUCGAAGAAGUAAAAUUCACAGAAUAGAGAAGUAUUUUCUUUUUACUGAAACUGAGCACACACUGGAACAACACUAAACAAGACACACAUUCCCUUUUAUAUCAGUCAGACAGCAUUUAGGGCAGUUCAGAAAACAGGAAAGAUUUGGGUUUGACAGUUUUGCAACAAUCAAGUAUGAUGUAAAUGUUUCCUAUUUCCUCUUCAGGGGGUCUAAGGUAGGAAUCUCCUCUGAACACUCAGAAAGUGGAUCCAAGUGAAUCCAAGACAUAGCCAGAUUUCUUACUCACAGCAUUAUCCUUGCUAACUAAUGGUAAGUACAUAAUUUUCUUUAUUAUCUUCCAGUAUUUUCUGGUUUUAAUCAUAGUGUUGAUGAAAGGCCAACUGUGAUCUAUGAAGUUUGCUAUUGGGGAACUUCUUCACAAGCGCCUUAAGAAUGAGCUGUACCUAUAGCUUAAUUCCCAUAUAUUUCAAUGGGGCUUUUGCAUAUGAAGUCUUAACUCUGGUGAAAACUUUUGCUGUUGUUUUGUUUUUAAAUGGAACAGCUACUUUGGUGAAAUAUCCUGAAUGGGAUGGAACACUGAUAAAUACCUAUAGAUUUAGAUUUACAGAUGUUCAAGGUUAAGUAUUAAAGUAUCAAUAAAUAUUCUAUUGCCUCACAUUGUCAUUAGAUUUUGUCUAGGUGAGACAGUUUCUGGAAAAAUAAAGAAUACAGAUAUAGUAGGCAUAAUGGAAACUUGGUGUAAGGAAGAGAACCAGUAGGACACGGUUAUCUCUCUAAAGACAAACUCCACAGAAGGGACCGGAAAAGGCAUACUGGGAGUGGUUUCACACUGUAGGUCAAAGCAACAUAGAAUCCACCAUGUUAGAAAUCCCCAAAGGGACAGAUUCCCCCAUGGAAUCAUUGUGGGUGCUGAUAUCAGGCCACAAGAGUAAUUUAGGACUGGGGGUGUACUAUUGUCUGCCUGUCCAAAAUCCCCAGGGGGAUUGUGAGAUGGAGAAUUAAACUAGGGAGGCAUCUAAAGGAGGAAGUGCUAUAGGCAGUGCUUUUUCUGGGGGUAUGCAGGGGUACGCAUACCCCUAAACAUUUUGUGAAUCUAAGUUUGGCCUCAUUGAGGGGCAGUAUUUCAACAUGAGUAGGAAAAUAAGAGUACCCCUAAACAUUUUUUUUUGUGGGGGAGCACUGGCUGUAGGAAUGGGUGACUUCAGUUACUCCCACACAGACUGGGUAGGUGUGAGUUCCAGUAAUGACAAAGAUAUAACAUUUCUAGAUAUCAGAAAUGACUGUGUCUUAGACCAGUGGUUCCCAAUUAGCUAAGUACUGUGCCCCCCCCCCAUUUUUCAAAAGCCAAGCCAUGGACCCCUUUUGAAAAUGUUGGUAUCUCUAUGGUAGUUUUUGUUAUGUGGAUGGUGCCACAGAUCCCUUCGGUGGGUUACGCAAUUGGGAGCCACUGCCCUAGACAAUUGGUCAUGAAACUGGCCAGAGGGGCAAUGACUCUGGGCCCCAGUAGGGGAACACCCAGGACCUGGGUGCAAGACGUAAGUGUAACUGAACCAAUUACUGGACAAUUGCUGAGGAAGUUGAAAGGCAAAGGGCGUCAAAUCUCUCCAGAAUACUUGGGAGCAGUGCUUUUCUUCUAGAAGAAAAGUUGCAGGUACUCGUCAUGUACAGUGGCACCUCGGGUUAAGAACUUAAUCCGUUCCAGAGGUCUGUUCUUAACCUGAGGUACUUCUUUAGCUAAUGGGGCCUCCUGCUGCCGCCGCGUGAUUUCUGUUCUCAUCCUGAAGCAAAGUUCUUAACCCGAGGUACUAUUUCUGGGUUAACGGAGUCUGUAACCUGAAGUGUCUGUAACCUGAGGUACCACUGUAGCUGUUAUAGUAAGUGCCACACUUUUAAACAGGCCCUGGACCUCUGUGCUGCCAUGAAAGUACCACUGUCAGAUGCCCCAUCUUGAGUGGGUGAGGGCGCAGCUCAGAUAUGGCGAAAGUGGGCACUGAGCACCUCAGUCAUCUUAAUGCCGUUUAUAGUACCUAGCUCACUUUCCCAUUGAGUUAUGUGCCGCCCUACAGUGUUCUACAAUGUUCUCAUUAUGUUUCAUAUACUUAACAGACAUGGCUCUUUAUUUUUAUGUUUCCAUUGUUUAAUUAUACUUUGGUUUCAGUAGGGGGUUGUUUGUCUUGUUUUGUCUCUGUGUUGCGGACUCGUGUGCAGCAGGUUGGAGGCCACUGGGGAGUGAGGAAGGGGGGUGGGAAGUAUAAAUGCAGUAAAGAAAGACACUGAAUUAGGAUUGAAAUGGGUGGGCCAGGAGUGCCUCUUGAUUAAUGCCAAUUGUCCAAAUUAUAGAGGAACCUGGUUUUUUCCUGCCUGAACCUCCUCACAGCCCAUGGAGGGCUACGAGGAGUGACCACCAUUGACUCGUGAUGUGAACUGAAACCUCUAAGGCCAUUACUGACGUCAGCCAGCUGUGCAGCUGAUCCUCAGCACCCUGGCACUCUGGUGGCCACAACUACCGCUACUGCUUGAAGACUGUAAGCAGUUUUUCUUGCAUCACUGUCCUGCUGAUGUUCUUAGUUAAAACAUCUUCCUUUAAAUUUCCUGUUUCUAUUCUAUUUUUAAACAUUUUAAAAAACUACAUUGUGUCAGAGCUGGGUAGAGCCUUCAUAGUAGCCCCUUUCACUUCCUUGCAGUGUUUAACGCAUUUUCAAAUACCAUAAUCCUCAUUAGUUGUAGUAGUAGCAACGUUCAAGGCAUAGGUAUGCAAUUUUGGAGCAGUUUGUGAGCACUGCUUUUAUAAACUGAUUCAUAUUAAAAUAAACAUUCCAAAAAAUAACUCUGAUGUCUCAAAACUAACAGACAGUGCACACAUAGACAAGUAUACAUGCACACAUUAGUAUAGAGUGAGUUUCCCCAGUCUGAGAGUAUAGCACUUGCCAUAGUCAAGCGACCUAGAUAUACAGCCAUUUAUUUUCCUUUCUGUAGGCAACUAAUCCCAUCCACCAUGUUUAUUUUAAAUUUCCUUUUUAAAUUAUGUAAUUAAAGUGCUACUUUGCUUCUUCUUUAUAUUUCAGUUUAGUUCUUUGAUGCUUAACGAUGGGAAACAAAAGCAGCCGAAUCAGUGACCUGCUCUUACUUGUGCUCGAUGACCUUUCUCAGGAAGACUUCAAAAGGUUUAAAGACAAGCUCUCCUAUUCAGACCUCGAAGGAAAGCGUUUCAUAAUUCCCCGAAGUCGGCUAGAGAACGCGGACAGGGUAGAUACCAAGAAUCUCCUGCUCAAGUGUUAUGGUGGAGAUGACGCAAUAGAUGUAACCAUACAAGUGCUCUCGGAUAUUAAUCAGAAAGAGUCUGCUGCUAAACUCAGAAAAGAGAAAGAGAAAGGUAAGGGACUCUGAGAAAACCUGCGACUCAUUUCCCUCCAUGCAUCUCCAGCUGGAACAAAAAGCAGCCAUGAACAAGCUGUGCUUAACACAGGUGAUCCAACUAGCUCUACCUACCACUUCUGUCCAGAGUGCAAGUGUCUUCUAGAAAAGAGUUAUGAAAUGAUUAUGUACAGAGAGUUUACACUUAUCGAGUCUGGCAAACUUGCUCAGAAUUAUCUACUACAGCACACCACUGCAGUGGUUGCAACAUUGAAUUUGUAUGUGAGAAACUCAGUUGGACUCAACUAUUACAUUUACCAGAUAGCUUUGGGGAAUACAUUGUCUUUUAGCCUAAGAUGGGGGGCAGAGAAAGGAAGAAACUCCAGAUGCUUGAAGAAAGAUUUAUUUCAAGCCCAAUGCAUUUUGGGAUAAUCCUUCUUUGGGCCACCAGGUGUCCCUCUGUGAAUAAUAUACAUGUGUCAGAUUACACUAAACUAAACAGGUAUUCUAAGAACAAUUUCAAUUCUCCUUUCAGGUUUGGUGUCCGGUCAGAAAGCACUGGAGAUAUCACCAAAAGGUACAUAAAACCCACAGCAGGUCAUUCCUCUUAUCAAAGCCUUAGAAGUUUGGGUUUAACACCUUAGCAAAUCUGAUUCACUUGAAAGUAUUUUGAGAGAGCUGCUGAAUGCACAUGAUUUUGGGUGUUGGAUCUGGGUGGUUGCUAUUCCAUUAAAGUGGUGAACAUGGUCUUGCACAAUACAUAUACAGGGCAGCAUGAUCUAGAGUCCUGUUUGCAUACGGAGGGUAGAGUGCUGAGGCCUUCCUCCCUGUGUACAAGCGGACCAUAGAAAUAUAAGGGCAGGGGAGGCCUUCUCUGAACCAAAGCAAAAGCCCACCUAGUCCAGCAGUCCAUUUCAAUAAUGGGUCACACCCUUGCCACACCUACAUGCAGCCUCUCAGGACUUGCCUGCCUGCCACUGCAAUCCAGGUAAACAAGACAUCUAACCCCACCUUCUAGCCCUGUACAGAGGCUCCAGCCACAGUAAGGUAUUAGUGCUGAAAUGGAGAAUCUGUGGCCUUCCAGAUGAUGGAUUACAAUUACCAUCAUCCCUGACAAUUAGCUGUGCUGGCAACAGCAUCAGGAAGGUAAUAUGUUGGCAAUUCCUUUGUUAGGGCUUGAGCGCUCAAGCAUCUUGGAUCUGAGUCCAGUAUCUAGCCCAGCAUCCACGGGCCUCAGUAGGGUCCCAAUUUGUUUUCUACCUGCCCCUCACCUGACAUUAUAUAUGAUGUCAGGUGUGGGACAGGCACAGAUGCAGCUGCAAAGGAAUAAUCAAGAACUUAAUGUUCCUGAGUAGCUGACAUUCCUGAGUAGCUGAUCAGUGAUUACAGGGAGGCUCUUUAAAAUCUGUUUUAAUUCAAACCACUUCAUCUAAAUGGAGCAUUUUACCUCUGCGGAUGUCUGUGUCUGCAGAGGGGGGGGGGGACUCCAUUUGCAGGAAGCCCAAACCAAGAUCAAAAGUCUACUCCUGGGAACUAUAUCAUUAAAUAUUUCGUUUGCAUUGUGGUGAAUACAGCACAUAUCAUGGGCUGUCCCUUGAGUCCACUAGAUGACAUUGUAAGGGAUCAUUGCCUUAGGAGAGCGAGAAAAAUUCUCAGGGAAGACUCACACCCCGGCCAGCACUUCUUUAUACUUCUAUAUCUCCUGCCUGAGGGUAGAAGAUUAAUCAGCCAUACCAACAGGCUAAAAAACAGCUUCUAUCCAUGGGCUGUUUGGCUGUUGAACGGAAAAUAACAUAGAGAAAUUGACUUGUGAGGUGGUGUGUUGUUCGAUAAGAGAUUGAGUGUUUGGGGGGGGGAGGCUCGUUUAAUUUCAUUGUACACAAGUUGUACAAUGACAAUAAAGGUAUUAUUAGUAUUGUUGUUUCAUGUACUCUCCCCCAGUGCUUUCUUUCUUGUUAUUAGAUUACAGGAUUAAAUACAGAGAAUAUGUAUGGGAGGAAUAUCAAGUAAUUCAAGACAAAAAUGCCCUCCUUGGUCAAUGGGUGAACCUAAACAGAAGAUACACCCAACUCUUGAUCAUUCAGAAACAUUGCCUACUGGAAGAGAAGCAGCAUGAAAUUAUGUCCACAGGAAGGAAACAUGCCAACAUGAUGGGCAAGCAAGCCAGUCCAGGUAGUAUUGCGGCUUUAUUUGAUCCCGAUGAUAACAGAGUGAACCCUAGAACUGUCGUGCUCCAAGGGCCUGCUGGGAUUGGAAAAACAAUGACAGCGAGGAAGAUUAUGUUGGACUGGGCAGUUGGCAAACUCUACCAAGGCAAGUUUGAUUAUGCAUUCUACAUAAACUGCAGAGAAAUUAACUUGAUGACUGAGCAGCAGAGUCUGAUUGAUUUAAUCUUUUGGAACUGUCCUGAGAGAAAUGCUCCCCUGGAAGAUAUUUUUGCAAACCCAGAGAGGCUCCUGUUCAUAAUCGACGGUCUUGAUGAACUGAAAUUUUCCUUAGAAUCCAAUGAGGAACAUCUGUGUUUCGAUCCUAGUCAAAAGAAGCCGGUGAAAGUUGUACUGAGAAGUUUAGUCAGGAAAAGCAUUCUUCCCAAAUCAUAUUUAAUCAUCACUACAAGGCCAAUUGCUCUGGAGCAACUGCAGAAGUGUCUGAAGUAUCCCCGCUACAUAGAGAUCCUGGGGUUUUCUGAGAAGGACAGGGAAGAGUAUUUCCACAAGUAUUUUGGGAAUGAGAGGCAAGCGGUACAAGCUUUUGGGGUUGUGAAAGCAAAUGAGAUGCUCUUCACCAUGUGCUUUGUCCCCAUUGUGUGUUGGAUCAUCUGCACUGUGAUGAAGCAACAGAUGGAUAGAGGGGAAGAUCUCGUGCAGACUUCAAAAACAACUACCUGUGUAUACAUGUUUUAUUUAACUAGCUUACUCAGAGAUCACAGUCCAGUGUUGGAAAGAGGUAAACAGAAACAUUUCCAAAACCUUUGUCUCUUAGCCAGAGAAGGAGUCUUGACAAGGAAAAUACUCUUUGAGGAGGAUGACCUCCAAAAACAUGGCUUAAAGGAGGCUGACAUCCGGUCACUCUUCCUUCACAAGAAACUUUUCCAGCAAGAUAUUGAUUGCCAAUCUGCCUACAGCUUCAUCCACUUAAGUUUCCAAGAGUUUUUUGCAGCCUUGUCCUACGUGCUAGAGGAAAUACCAGAAAUGGCCGACAAAUCAGAUUGCAGUUAUGAAGACGUGAGAAAGUUGCUAAAAGAUUUUGGAGAGGGUGGAAAUGAGUACUUAGUGUUGACAGUCCGCUUUCUGUUUGGUCUUUUAAAUGAGAAAAGGAAGAAAACCAUAGAGAAAAGUUUAGGCUAUAAAAUUUGCUCAGAAACAAAACAAGUGCUUUUGGACUGGAUCGAAGCUGAGGUGGCAUCAAAGAGCUGUCAAAAGCAAUCUGAGAUAUUCAGUUGCUUAUAUGAAAUUCAAGAAGAAGAGUUUGUGGGAAAAGCAAUGGAUUGUAUCCCUGAGAUUAAGCUGUAUGAUAACUGCCUAGGGAACGCAUUCAACUCUCUGGUUAUUUCAUUUUGCCUGAGACACUGUCGUAAAGAACAGUCCUUCCAUCUUGGAUAUCUACUUUUUUUGUCAAGGUAUGUGAACCCAUCAGAAGACACUGUUCAGAUCAGUUCAGGGUUUUUGUUUUUUUGUUUUUAGCUAAAGUGCAAACCAAAACUUUGGUCCAUUUAAUUAUGCCCUUUCCUGGGAUAUUCUGACCACUAUGGCCCAUGCAAUGGUAAACUCAUACUUAGAUUACUAUAAUGUGCUUUAUAUUGGGGUACCUUUGGGCUUGGUUUUAAGGCUGCAACUAGUGCAGAAGGCAGUGGUUAGGGUACUGAGCGGGGUAUCUAUCUAUACACACAUAACACCUGUGUCAGAGGAACUGCACUAGCUUCCUUUUAGGUGCUAAGCCAUGUUCAAGGUUCUGUUAUAAACAAAUAUAGCCCUGAACAACUUGAGACCAGGUUGUCAUGUCAUGUUUUUCCCACAGUUGCAUAUACUCCCCUGUGCAAUCUCAGAGGCAUUGACUGAGAUGCGUUUUUAAGAGGCGUCUAAAACAAAUGUGUUUUUUCAGGAAUUUCCUGAGUGUUCAUUUUUAGAUUGCUGUGCUGAGUGUUUUGUGUUAGAAUUUUGAUUCUGGGUUUUUAUUGACAAUAUGUAUUUUAAUUUUAUUUAUAUCCUGUAUCUUACAAUUGGUUGGGUUUUGUUUUGUAUACCAAGUGGUCUAUAAAAUGAUUAAAUAUAUAGGUGUUUUUUUAAAAAAAAAACACAAUUAAGAAAAGGUGUAAUUCUCUGAAAGCCAAAUAAUGUUCCAGAUUUAAGAUUCUAUGUUGUAUGUAGGUAUGUUCAAGGGUACUAGAGCAUGGGUAGCAGUGAAUCUAGGGCACAGAUUUUUCCAAAGAGUCCAUUUUGUUAAGCCAGGGCAUAUAAAUUUUUGUUGCUAAAGCUCAAACUGAAUGCAACAAAAACGUAUUUGCAAACAUUUAUAUUGUACAUGUUCAUUCAUGGCCAUCACUCCCUUUUGAGCAUAUACUUCGUUGCAAACCCAGCUUUGCUGGUGCAUAUUUCAUGAAAGAGUCCUAGUUUUGGUUAUCAAGGGAAGGUUUCGCUCAAUGUGAAAUUGACUUUUCAUAUUCUAAAAUGUGCCUUCGUGUUGCUUAUGGCUAUGCCAACCUCUUUCAGAAGUGAUUUCACCCAGAAUGAGCACAUAUGUCAACAUUUAUCCUCUAGGGCUAAAAAUUACUCUUGAUCAACAAUCUUGUCUCUGUGCCCUGGAGGAGUUGUGUAAAACACACCCUACAACUUCACAGGUCAUGAUGCAAUGUUGUCUGCUGCAGCUGUAUGAUCCAAUUGCAUAGCAUAUCCAACACACAGUUUUCUAUUUUGUUUAGCUUAUAUUUUAAUGGAAGAGUGGAUGAAAACCUGCCUCUCCUAUUUGAAGGACUGAAGGAUCCAAGGUGUAAUGUAAGAGAGAUCUGGUAGGUAGCUGGCAAUGAUACUUUUGUUCUUUCAUGUCCUGUGCAACUCUGCCUUAGUUCAUCUCACACAGCUUUCCGUUGGCAUGCCCAGGGCCCAGAUGCCCUCAGCCCUGUCGGGGGCUCAGCCAAAUGCCCGAGGGCACAAACUGGGUAGGGACUGGGAGGGCUGUGCACACUACUCCCACCCCAGCAUCUCUCCACAUGACUUUAUGGAGAUUCUAAGCCUGUUCAGCUGGAAGCCUCCUCAGGAUCUGGAAGCUUGUAUUACUAGGGUUCCCACCUUUCAGUAUGUUCUGCUGAAUGCAAUUGGAAUGUCCCUUCAGCCCUUCAUCUUCAACGGACAGAGUCUGAGAGUGGAGGGAGGCAUUGAAGGUGGUGUACAUGGCUCUCUAUUUUACACCAUUAAGGCAGGAAAUAAAUGCAAUUUUAAAAAUAAUAUAUAUGAGACCAUAUAGAAGUCUAGGGUUGCUGUAGGCAAGUGUUACCUUGGAUAGGAAUAGUUUUUCUUAGGUUUGCAGCUUUAGGUUAUUUAAAGUAGCAUCCAUUGUAAAGGCUUUUUUAUUGUUAUAUUGCUAUUGAGAUAGCAGCAGCCAACUUUUUGGAAAAAUGUGCAGCAAGUCAAAUCUAGAGGACUGGAAGGUGUGACAUUCUGGUAUAUGAAGGCAGUGGGAAGUUGGAGCAGAAGAGUCUUUUGAGGAGGGAGGGGGAAAGCCAGCUCCCUGCAGCUGCCCCAUCUCUGGCUAUGCAGCCUGGCCUUUUCCCUUGAUGUGCAAGGAGAUUCUGUUGAUGAUCACAUGAAUAGUUAAAGUCACUACUGAAGUGAGUAGACUGCAUUUCCAAAGCUGAUUUUAAAAAGGAGAAAUCUGUUAUCAGGGACUGCCAAUCCAUGUCAAAUUAGUUAAAAGUCAAAAGUAUAGGCAUGGGCCUUAGUAUGAUUCACUUCCUGUUGGCACCCAUCUGUCUCGGGAGACUAUGGAGGAGUGUACUUUUGGGGGAGAGGUCAAGCUGUUGGAUGGUGGCAGUGCCUGCUGUGGCGGUAGAGACCAAUGCAGAAGAGACGUGCUUUGUUGCAGCAGAUGAAGGCAUCCGGUUGCGCUGCUGCAGAUGCACCAUGGUGUUUCUUUUCUCUGGCUCCUACAGUCUAAAAGCUUAUCCCAAAGAAGUUGCAAAGAGUUGGGAAAGGGAAGACUGACUCCCUAUUUCUUCCUCAGUUUUAAGCGAUGUAAUCUCAGAGCUGCUUCCUUUGAGAUUCUUACCUCUGUCCUCACCAUGAAUCAACACAUCAGAGAAUUCAACUUACAGCAAAGCGACCUAGGAGAAGUGGGAGUGAUCAAACUUUGUCAAGCACUCAAGCAUCCCAACUGCAAACUGCAGACACUGAGGUGAGUGCUCAUAGGUGCCUUUUAUCAAAAGGGCAGAACCUGGGUUACACUUGCCAGGGUUGCUAUCCAAAAUGGCCGCCUUGUGCCAAAGGAUACCCAGCCUGGUUGGAAGACAUAAUUGUAGUCUGUGAUGCUCUGCCCCGAGUCCUGACACUGCAAAUCUCCAUGCCACUGAUCUAUAUUUCUGAGUCACUGGAGGGUAAGUGGAUAGUCAAUGUGAUGUUAAACUCAGUGAUUGGAAUAAGAAAUAAAUUAAAACACAUUAGUAAAUAUCUAUACUGUUAUAUAAGUAUUUGGCAUAGCAACCACAUCUAGAAUAUUGCUCACUGUGCUAGUCAGCCCAUCUCUAAUGCACUUUCUGAGGACAAAGGAAACAAAGCACUACGGAUAAGGAAAAUGCCAAAGAGAAUGGGACUUCUACUUUGGUUUUUUUUUAAAAUGUGACCUACUUUUGAAACAGUCAACUUACUGAAUACAUUGUCAUCAUUAAUUCCUCUUGAACACUUAAACCUUUCAGAUUACGUUGCUGUAACCUCAGCCCCAAGUCAUGUGAGAAACUAGCCUCUAUUGUUCCUAAAAACCAGAACCUGAGAAUGCUUUAUUUGGACUUUAACAAUAUAGGGGAUGCUGGACUAAUAGAGCUCUGCCAAAUGUUGAUGCAUCCAGACUGCCAACUGCAGGUACUCAGGUAAGUGACCAAUGGCUUAUUGCAAUCAUAGGCAAAUUGUGGCUCUCCAUGUACUGUUGGACUUCAGUUCCCAUCAGCACUGGCUAGCAUGGCCAAUGCCCAGGGAUGUGGGAGUUGUAGUCCAACAGCUUCUGGAGGCCACAGCCCCCCACUGGCUUUUAAAAAAAAACUUAGCAUCAUCUGAAUUGCCUGGCUCAGUAUAGAUUUUCUCCUAAGCACAGUACACAUUGCCCCAACUCAAUUUUGACAAAAAUAGCAAAUAUUACUAAAGAAAUUAUUGUUUGUUGCCUGAAAUUAAUGCUACCGAAGAUUUUUGAUGAUACACUGUAAAUGUAUUGUCAAAAGAAUUGGUCUUCUAUACGAUGGCAGCAUGAAAUAGUAAUUGCAACUCAAUAGAAAACAGCCCAACUCUUACACUGGACACUGCUCACUCUGGAAUAUAGCUGUAAUGGAGAAAAUCACACAUCAUUUGAGUUUUUGUCAAAGACUAGGACCUCCAGACACUUGAUUUGGCAUUCCUAGGACAUAAUACAGCAGAACCAUAUAGAGACUAUCUUGGCUGUCUCUUAGUGCAGACCCAAGUCAGCAAGCCUGAGCUUCCACAGCCACCACCUGCCCUGGCAGGAUUGGCAGCAACAGGUAUGUUCAAUGCUUGAGAUUUUAUUCUCUUGUUAAUUAUGCUGUUUUAAAUGUGCAUUUUGUAUUUGACUUCCUUUAGUUAUGUUUUCUUUUGAAAUGUUUAAGAUUUUUUUGUUGUUGUUUGUUACGUUAAAUAUGCAUCCUGUUGUUGACCUUUGUAAUGCUUUAUUUUGACAUCUUUAGGUAAUAUUUUAGUAUCCUGUUAAUUAUGAUGCUUUGAAUGUAUACUUUAUAUUUGACUUUCUCCAGUAAUGCUUUAUCUGAUGUUUUAAUGUGUUGCAAACCAGAUUGUUUUCUUUAAAAUAUAAAGUGGUAUAGAAAUGAAAUGAAUAAUUAACUGUCAGAGACAAUACACCCCAUCAGCAGGCUCAAAUUUCUAAGCAGACUCGCUUUGCAGAUGGCAUAAAUGUCAUAUUCCUUUAUAACAAAGAGACAGCACAUUGGGGGCAAGAUUCUGCUACAUCUCUUCUUCCUAACAGGCUAGUUGAGAAGGUGCUGUAGUUCUGUCACAUGGGACCAUUUAAUCUGGUUGUUGUUGUUGUUUAGUCGUGUCCGACUCUUCGUGACCCCAUGGACCAGAGCACGCCAGGCACUCCUGUCUUCCACCACCUCCCGCAGUUUGGUCAGGCUCAUGUUCAUAGCUUUGAGAACACUGUCCAACCAUCUUGUCCUCUGUCGUGUCCUUCUCCUUGUGCCCUCCAUCUUUCCCAACAUCAGGGUCUUUUCCAGGGAGUAGCCUAAUCUGGUAGCCUAGCGUAAUCAUGACUGUGGCAAAACCAGGGAGAGGUGCACAUCUUGCAAGCAGAGACAUUUCCAUCAUAAGCCACCACUGAUAGGGAACGUCAGCCAAACUAGUCAGAUUGGGAAAUGGAUGCAAAGUCUCAAAUCUUGGGUGGGGGGUGUCCUCAAUGAGUACAUAAAGUGACUUUUCUUCUACAGGACUCAUUUUAUUUUCGUUGCAAUAAGUUAUAGAUCCUGCAAAGGCAGAUAUUGUAAAAAUAUUCUGCCGCUGGACUUAAAGCCUGUUAAAGCUACUUCCAUGUAAAUAACUUUGUAAUGGAUUUUUCAUCUCUUUGAACAGCUUGCUUGGUUGCAAUCUCACUGCUGCUUGCUGUGUGAAUCUUGCUUCUGUUCUCUGUAAAAACCAGUCCCUGCUAGAGCUGUCUCUAGGCCAUAAUGAAGAAAUGGGAGAGGCUGGCGUGCAGCUCUUAUGCGAAGGCCUUCGACAUCCAAAUUGCAAAAUAGUUUCACUAAGGUACUUGUUUCAAAGUAUUUGAAAUAUCAUAGGGAUGUUAAAAGCAAAUUGAACAGUGAUGGGAACCUUUGACAAAGUGGUUCAUAACUACACUGGGAAUAAGAUAUUGAUUAUCAGCUGUAUACCAAGUUUGGAUAAGAAUUGCUUCCAACAGAUUUUAGAAGAUUUGGUGUUGCGUUCGCAAAGUAAAGGAAGGAUUGAACUCUGAUUAAUAAGAAUACACACAGAGGCUUAAACCAGCAAGACUCUGGGAAGGGUGCAUAUAAUCGUGUCUCUCUGUGCUUGUCCGUGUCUGCAGCCCCCUGGCCCAGGCCGUUUUUUAGUCACAAAAGAACUUUUUACAGAGUGUUCGUAAGAACCAAUCAGAUUUCUUCUGAGCAUUUCCACAAACCCACGUGGGGAGAAAGUUAAACCACUAAAACUAAUUAAGCACAAAUAUUUCUGGGGUAAAUAAGUUGAGAACUACAAAGAAGAGUAUCUGGCAACCCAGGAGGUAAUAAACAAGCAAUACACAUAUGAUAAGGAGGAUGGCCAGGAGGACAGCGACCGUUAUCACCUUAAUGUGAGAUCUGCUUCCUGGCCCUAAGAUUAAGAUCCUACAUCAAAUAAACUUGCCCACUGUCUUUGAUGACCCAGGACGCCUGCCUGUCUAAGUGUGUACGUGAUUAGUGAAGAGCAAGGAGAAAUGGGCAGCAGAGGCAAAAGGGCAUCAAAAGGGCAUGAAUGUAGAAUCUUGUGGGAUUUAAUCAGAAAUUAUUGUCAAUAUAUCAAACCCAGUCAACACAAUGUCUUCAUCGUGGACACAAUGGCCUGAUGUAUAUUCUGUAAUUCCUCAUGGUAAUCCCAUCUGAUCCCUACAAUUUGGGGCAUGGUGCCAUCAGUAUGCUAAAGCACCCAGCUCUAUUUGUCCAUAGUAUCAGGAGAACAAUGCAGAUCCUGGCCAUGCUUGGACACUGUGGUGGUCUGAACGGGAGAAAAGAAACCAAGCUUGAAUGGAGGGGCUGUGAGUGAAUGGUUUGUGUCUGAAAAAGUAGACCAAUUGCCUUGGACAAAGCUGCACUCUACCUAAAUGAGCAGAUAUAAUCUGGCGUACUUCUGGAUCAACAUUUUUCACUAGAGGCGACAUGGUUUCUGUGGCUUGGAGAGUCUUUCAUCAAACUGCAGUUAGCAAUCAUGCUAUUAUGCUUUUAUAUGUGUUGGCAGCCUCCCAGGAUGGCUGGGGCAACCCAGCCAGAUGAGCAGGGUAUAAAUAAUAAAAUUACUACUACUACUGCAUUCUGCACUAACAAGAAUGACACGACACCCUGUCAUCAUAUUACAUCUCUGUUUGGAGUGCUGCCCUGGCUGCUACUUUAUUACUGGGGCAGAUUAUAAGUAUAUGAAAGCCUCAAGAGCUCGGAACCAUUUUCUUGAAGGAUUUUAACAUGUAUUUUUAUUGUUAUUCCUUAACUGAUUCUGUUAUUGCAUUUUAUGUUCAUUUGUUUUUAACACUUGAUUUUUAAGUGACUAGUUUCAAGGAAACCAUUAUAGUAGGAAGAGUGAUCAUCUUGGAUAUCUUUGCAGACAUUUUGGUGGAGGGGGAGGGUCUCACAUUUAGAUAGCAAAGGUAGACUCUAAAAACAAUAGGCCAAUAGCUUAUGAGAAGCUUCCUUACAAUAGAAGCAAAUCAGUCAAAACUUCAGUUAGAAGAAUGCAAAGUCAUCUAGGACAACUGUCCUUCUGAGAGUUAUUUGCAAUAGAUUUUGACCUUGGUGGUUUUCAUUUACAGCAACCCUUUCCUUAUGAACUUUUAUCUAGGUUGGAUUCAUGUGGACUGACAGAGGCAUGUUGGGAAGCCUUUUUGGCAGCUCUCAAAACAAACCAGUCUCUGCGAGAGCUUGAUCUACAAAAUAACGAUGAAUUGAAGAGGUACCUGGAAGCUGAUAAACGAAGCAGGAUUAGAAAAUUGAAGCAGCAUAACUUUAGAAUACAAAUAAGCUUAUAGGCCUACAACAUGGGGAAGGUGGGUUUGCUUUUUUCUAAUAAAGUUAAUUAGUGGUUGUCUAAUCUGUUAAAAUGGUAGUCUGAUUAUCUGUAUUUGAUUUAAAAUUUGUUUAGAGAUUUAUGAUUAGUAUAUGGGCACAUGUUCACAUUUCUUCAACCUUGUUCCCUAAAAGAAAAAAAACAGCUUUUUCAUUGCUGCUGGUGACAAACAGAAUUCUCCUUUCCAGUCUGUUGUCUUCUCCAUCUUUAGCCUCAUGCAGCAAGAAAACCUCAAUUAUCAUUAAAUACAAAAGUGUGAUCUUAUUUACAAAAAGGUGUAAUUAAAUUGUGACACA